AGGGUGCGGGCCUGGCGGAAGCGGGGCAGGCCGGGAGGUGGUCGUGACUAUGGCGGCGGCGCCGCCUCUGCGUGACCGCCUGAGCUUUCUGCACCGGCUCCCAAUUCUCCUGAAGGGAACUUCGGAUGAUGAUGUCCCGUGUCCUGGCUACCUGUUUGAAGAAAUUGCUAAAAUCUCCCAUGAGUCGCUGGGCAGCAGCCAGUGCCUGCUGGAGUAUCUCCUGAAUCGCUUAUACAGUAGCUCUGGCCACGUGAAGCUCAAGGUGCUGAAGAUCCUGCUCUACCUGUGUGGCCAUGGCUCCUCAUCCUUCCUGCUCAUCCUCAGACGCAACUCUUCCUUCAUCCAGGAAGCCACAGCAGCCUUGGCAGGGCCCCCGGAUCCUCUCCAUGGGAAUAGCUUGUACCAGAAGGUGCGGGCGGCUGCCCAGGACUUGGGGAGCACCUUAUUCUUUGACACCAAGUUGCCACUGCCUCCCUGCCAGCGCCCCGAGACAUUGCCUCACACAGGCAUGGGCUCCCAGUCCAGGCCACACAGCACCCUCCAGGGUUUUGGGUACAGUCAGGAAUGGGGCCGCACAGGCUCUGCAGGUGAAGCUUUCCUCUCCACCAUCCAGAAGGCUGCAGAGGUGGUGGCUAAUGUCGUGCGCUCUGGGACAGAGAGUCCCAGUGCCCAGAGACCCUUGCCACGGGGGGACACCUACCAGCCUGCUCUGACACCUUUGGCCAGCCAUGGCCAGCCCAGCACUGGGACCCAACUGUCUGGGACCAUCCCAGGCACCCGAGCUGUGAGGCAUCAGCCUGGGCAGGCUGGAGGGGGCUGGGAAGAGCUGGAUAGCGGGCCCAGCUCUCAGCGUUCUUCGCAGAAUAGUGACCAGCACAGGAACUCAGACUCAAGCAGUCCAUCUGGUAGCGACAGCCACUCAGGGGCCAGCCGGGAGCUGGGUGACUUGGCAGACAGGGCUGAGGCCUCUAGUGACUGCCACCAGGAGUUAAGCCUAGUGAGGACAGUGACUGAGGGGCCACAUGCCUUCCUGAGCCGAGAGGAGGUGCAGCACUUCAUCAAAGAGUGUGGACUGCUCAACUGUGAGGCCGUGCUGGAGCUGCUGAUCCUCCACCUGGGUGGGACUAGCGAGUGUGCCCAGCUGAGAGCACUGUGUGCCAUCGCCUCCCUCGGGGGUACCGACUUGCUGCCCCAGGAGCACAUCCUCCUGCUCUCUCGGCCAAAGCUGCAGGAGCUCAGCAUGGGCAGCCCUGGACCUGUGACCAAUAAGGCCACCAAGAUCCUGAGGCACUUUGAAGCCUCCUGUGGACAGCUGCCUCUGGCCUGGAGGCCCCCUGCGGAGGCUGGCCCUGCAGGCACCCUCACAGGCCCAUCUGACCUGCUAGCUGAAGCUGUGCCUCCUCUGGGGGGCCGCGUCUUCCUCCAGCCUCUGAGUUCAGCCCUGCUCCCACCUGGGGGUCACCUGGCCCCCUGCACCGUGGACGGCAAGGCUGAGGCCAGACAGGCAGGUUCUCAAGAACAGGGGGCACGACUUGAGCAGGGCCCUAGGAAUACAGACCCUCCAGAAGGAGGCCCCAGCAGCCACCUACCAAGCUGUGACUCCUUGUUUGCUGGCAUGGAGCUGGUGGCCUGCCCCCGCCUGGUGGGGGCUGGGGCUGCUGCAGAAGUGUCCUGCCUGAUCCCCCAGGCCCCUCAGAUGUCAUCACAGGGGACAGCGGCUGAAGAGCUGGAGCGGUCAGCUUUUGCAUUCCUGAACAUGUGACUACUGGCCUGGCUCUGGAGGGUUUCAGCCAGUGCCUGCCGGGCUGGUGCUUCCAGAGCAGCCCCUAGGAUUGAGCUACUGCCCUUGGCCGGAGCUGCUGUAGACUCCAGACAACUUGACCUGAAAGCAAGACCCCAGGACUGCCUCUGUCCUGCAUCUCUUUUGCCAGAGGCUGGCUGUUUAGAUUUGAAUUCCUUUAGUAGGGGACAGUCCAUGGCAGGGCCUCCAAAUUGCUGAUCUCAGGGGUCCCAAGAGCAAUCCUCCCCACCCUACCCCAGUCUGGCCACAGGAACCAAGCUUCUUGUGUGGAGGGGAGCUCUCACUCUGCCUGGUCUGACCUCUGCUCCCUCCUUCUCAGAGAGGCUAGUGGUGACCAGGAAGGUUUGGUGCGUGCAGCCCAAGGGGGUCUGUGGCUCCACGCUGCCUUGGCUUGUCUGGCCUUUGACUAUUCUGAGUGUCCCCCACGUGCUGCCUCUGAGCUGUCAUUCUGCAGCCUUUGUCACCACUGCUUCCAAUAGGCCUGCCCUUGGGCUGCCUGUGGGUGAUAUAUCCAUGUCUCAGGCGCCUGCAGAGAGCUCUGGGGUUUACAUUUUCUGAAUAAACACUACUGUUUGCACAGAGCUGGGCCACAGCUAUUUUUUUCUUUCCUUUUAUGUAUAUGCAUUUUAAUGAAAGUUCCAUUAAUAAAGGGUACACUAAAUACAGGUUUUCUUAAAA